ACAACACCGGAAACUAAGACUUAUCUUUAUCUCCAACUAGCCAAUCAAAACCCCAAUGUCAAUAAUGACAUCACUUCCGCUAGCUCCCGACUUACCACGAACGCAACCUUUGAAUUCUGAUGUAGUUUCCUUAUAUUUAAACCGUUUUCGCUGAAUAAGGAAUCAACAAUAUUUUCACGACACGCAUGUUACCGGCUGCGCGUUCGAAAUGGAGAGCAAUGAGAGAAAAUUACUCAUGGAAGAAUCCGAGAGCCGUGUCAUUAAAUGUGUGAUCGUGGGAGACGGCGGAGUUGGUAAAACUUCCUUGCUUAUUAGCUAUCUUAUGAACGGAUUUCCCAACGAUUAUAUUCCGACGGCUUUUGACGACUACAGUGUGUCGGUAAAAGUCGAUAAGGUGCCCUAUUCACUGCAAUUCUGCGAUACUGCAGGACAGGAGGACUUUGACUCUCUCCGGCCGCUCUGUUAUCCAUCAACAGACGUUUUUAUUGUUUGCUUUUCCGUGGUUUCGCCGACAUCUUUCGCAAAUGUUGCACAAAAAUGGCUCCCUGAAAUACGUGGCUAUUCGUCAAAUGUUCCUGUCAUCCUUGUAGGAACACACUGUGAUUUGAGAGCGAACGUUCAAGAACUAAUACGCCUUUCUGACCUUGGACAAGGACCUAUUACGCCGCAGAAAGCCGAGAGCCUAGUCAAGAAGGCAGGGGUCGUUUGCUAUAUUGAAACUUCAGCAGUAACUCAGAAGAACUUGAAAUCCGUUUUUGAUGAAGCAAUUAUUAGCGGAUUAAGACCACCAACGUCUUCAAGAAGAAGUGACCUCAAAGGUUGCGCUUGUACUGUGAUGUAAUACUGUAACACGCUUCAACUGUUUCCUAUUUGGUUCUCAAGUUUCGGGUUUGACGUAACUUUCUUGAGAAGAUACUUGUCAGCAACCGUUAAAAUAUCACAGUGAUAUCACUGUUGGAAAUAAUAUAAUUGGUUAUGAAAUAUUUAUUUAUAAUUUUUUUAAAGACCACGUUUCAAUCAUGCGCUCAAAGCGGACCACAAAGGAGACAUUAAUUUCCUGUUGUGUUAAAAGGAAAGUGGAGACAAAAAUAAUUUGCUAUUUAUAUUCUUUUCUGAAGGAAAUUGAGGUCUUUUUAAAAGGGAACCAACAUAAAAAAAAUUAGCCUGCCAGACUAUGUGGCUGUUUUUGCCGUAAUUAACGUAAUGAUUUAAGUAAUACAUGAUGGUGACCCUCUCAGGAAUAUUGUUAACAUUAAACCGGCCGGCCUGGCAUGGUUCAGUGGCUUUCCCUUCAUCCAUAUUUUUAGAACCUUAUACUUCAUUUUGUCAUUGUGUGAUCAGUAUGUUGAAAUCAAAUGACAGCAAUAAUUACUGACCCCUAUUUUACACUUGGGUGAACAGUCAGGUCUGCAAUUUGAUUUUAAUAAAAGUUAGGUGCAGGUACUGAGAAAAUCACAAUAUAUUUUGCAUUGCUCAUACUAACCAAAACCACCGGAUGACUUUGUGAAUAGGUCUUCCUGCUAAAAGCACUAUAUGUCAUGCAAUAUUAUGUCUCAUUUCAUGUAUUAAUUGAGUUCACAGACUCAACAGGAAAUAAAUUUGAGUACAAAGUUAUGGGCAAAAGUGAUGCAUGCUAUUUAAAAGUAAUUUUAAUAAGAAUCUUCCUCCAGCAGUGACACACUGUUGAAUGGAUCCUUAAAAUAGACUGGCGGUGGCAUAUGUAAAGCCUUAAGCCUUAAAAUCUCAAAGCUGCUUUAAUUUUCUAAUUGGCUUGUGUGAUCUGUCAGACUCACUUGAGAAAUUAGCCAUCAGUGUAACUCAUAUUAAGUCCCUGCGUCUGAGCCUUGUCUGAAUGAACAAAUUAAUGCAAUAUGUCAGAAAACUUAAUACUGGAUAGUGACCCAUCCAAGAACAAUAGCUUGAUACAUCCUUUACUUUAAGCAUCAUGCGAUUUUCAUCGGAACCAAUAACUUCUUAACAAAUAGACCUCAUCUUACCCUGUGUCUGUCCAGUAAUAGAUCACAGGCGACAUUGAAAUGAAC